AUGAGUUUUAAAUAAACUGAUUUUUGUUACGAGUGUAAAGAAUAACCUGAUAAUCUACUAUCUUUAUAGUGUGGGCAUGAUUUAUGUUUAUCGUGCUCUUCUCUAUAAUACUAUAAGUUUUCAUAUAAAAAAAAAAAUUUUACCUGCUAAAUAUGUGGAAAAAUUACUCCAUUAGAUCAUUCUAGCAUUUAUGAGUUAGAAAAGUUAAUAAUUUCUCAUCCUCCUGAAGAAAGCGCUUUAAAUAAUAUAGGAAGAGAAGAGGAUUAGAGAGCCCCAUAUAUAGAGAGAAUAUUACAAGAUAAGAUUAAAAAAAUAGAAAAUUAUACUAAUAUUAAUAAAGGAAUACAAAGGAAUACCUUUAAUAAUGAUGAACCUCAAAGAAUUGGUUUGAAAGAUAAUAGUUAUUCGAGGAUAUAAUAGCAAUUUUAAAGUGGAAGCAUUAACUAAAAAUCAUUAACUUAAGGAUAUGAAGAUGAUAAAGAUUAUAGUAAAAAUGAGCAUUCAAGAUAUUAGCAAAUUUCUUUUCUUGAUGAUAAUCAAAAAUUAUGUAAAGAGCAUGAUGAUGAAGAAGUAAACUAUUUUUGUUUUGACUGCAAGAAUGUUUGCAUAUGUCCUGAGUGCAUUAUUCAUGGAGUUCAUAAGGAUCACAAUGUAAAAACAAUUAAAAAAUCGUAUCCAAUUGUUAAAUAGAUAUUAGAAGACUACAAAUUUGAUCUAGAAAAUAGCAUGGCCACAAUAUGCAAUAAAAAAGAGGCUGUUUACUAAUAAAAAAAUGAAAUAUAACAAAUUCAAAAAAACCUGAAGUUAGAAAUCACAACUGUUUUUAACGUCCUCAAAUAAAAAGUUGAAGAAACUUGCCAAUAGCUCAUUCAAUAAACUGAAGAAAUAUCUAAAAAAUCAUAAAGAGAUUUGGACGAAACAAUCAAAUAAAUUGAGAAAUAGAUUAUAAACUUUAAAAAAAACGAAGAGUAAAUUUAAGAACACUUAAAAAUAAAGGAAGAAUAUAAAGUGAUUAAUUAUUAUGGGUUGAAUAGUAAGUCGAUUGAUGAGAAGGCUCUUUUAAAUAAUAAUUCUAUUUUACAUGAAUAAUUUUCGAUAGCAAAAUAAAUAUUCUCCAACCAUAUAAACAAAAAAAACUAAUUCCUUAAUAUAAAGUCUUUGAUAGAGGAUCAAAUAUUCGAACUUCAAAAUAUAGAAAAAAAGUUCUAAGGGUAGAUUUAAAAUACUAAUUCAACUUACACUUAUACUGAGGAUUAAGAGCAGUCAAUACUUCCUAAAAAGUAGAAUUCAUUAGAUAAAAGCAAAGAUAAUAUAAAUGCUUCUGAAGAUUUUAAAUAUUUAAUUGAAAAAAAAAAUGAUUUGCUUGAAAAAAAAUAGGAUUUCGUUGAAAGAAGAAAUGAAUUUUUAGAUAGAAGACUCAUUUCCAAUGCUACUAAUACUUCAUUUAUGAAUAAUUUAUAGUCUUAAGAAAGUUUAGGAAUAUCGAGAUAGUUGGACUAGGAUUUUGAAAAAAUGAAAGAAAAUUUAAAAAGAUCUAGUUAGUAUAGGGCUAGUUCUUUAAGAAAAAAUAUAAAUACCGAAUCAAAAGAUUAGGAAGUAUUUAAUAUGAGUUAUAACAACAUUAAAAACAGUAAAAUUUGA